UUUGGACAUACUGUAGUAGUUGCUCUUGCGGAUGGCGCAUGAAGCGCGACGAUGACGAAGUGUACUGUUAGUGUGCCGUCGGUAGCAGUGUGCCGUGGACGAGUGUGACGAUGUAACGCUACUAUUUGUUGCAUUCACCGUUGAGUUGUUGUUGUAGUUGUGCGGUUUAUCAUUUCGACUCUGUUGUUUUGCGAGCGUGUGGGCUAGUGGCGCGUCGCGUAGCAACCGUUAGUGAGUACUUACGAGCACACAUGCGGACGUGUGUGGGGAGGUGUGUCUGUGUGUUGAGCUUGUUAUGAAUGAGUGAUUUGUGUAGUAAAUUUAUACAGUGUCUGAUUUGCAACAAUUGUUGUUGCAGAGUGUGAAAACAAAAGGCGGAAAAAAUAACAACAACAGCGAAAGAGAGCAGGCAACAGGGCAAAAUAAGUAAAAUAACGGCUCAUUCUGCAGGUUUUUGCAUUUGUGCGUUUGUCUCCUUUGUUUGGCUGCAUUUAAUUAGCCUAGCAGCUGAAGCAAUUUAACAACAACAAGUGCCGAGCCUGAGUCGAUGAAAACAACAAAAAAAAUACGUAUAAGCAAGCGCAGACAGACAACAAGUAAAUCAGCAGUCGUUUAUGCGAAAAAGUUGUAAAAUGUGAUGGACUCAAGGGAAUGUGGCCCUGCAGUGGGAGUUUGUCACAUUGUAAGCGCUGAAGCCAAAAUUUAAACCAGUUGUAAAACAAGUAAUUUAUACAAUUCAACAAAGCAACAACAAAACAUGCGUGAACUGUAAUAAACUAGCGAAGAACGCAACAACAAUAACAACAGAAAACGUGCAUAACACAAAUAGAUAUCCAACGAAAAAAAGAAAAAUGCAGAAAAAAACGAAAACUGACGAAAACUGACGAAAAUAGCGAGCCAAAAGACAAAAGUCUAAGCCGCGCAAAUAAAAAUUGAAAGACCUGAAAUACCAAAAUAAAUUUAGACUGAAACCUAUUUUUUAGCCAGACCAAGCUAAGCCGAAAGGAAAGAAAAAAUUCACAGAAAAAGAAGCAAACAAAUUGCAAGUGCAUAAAUGGUAAGCAUGAACAUGUACGUUGCGGAGGGCGGCGGAAAGUGAGUGGUGAGUGGUGUGACAGGGGCAACUUGCAGAGCGCGAGUUAAAAGUGAACGUUGAGGUGGACUCAAGCGUCUGCUCUGCGGAUUUCGUUGAUUUACUUUCUUAUGGCGCAACCAGAGUGGAGAGCAGUGACAAACAACUGGUUUAGCAAGCGGCGGCAGAACUUCGAGUGGAAAAAAGACGAAAAAAACAAAAAAACAGCUAAGACAAAGCGCUAGUAAACCCAACAAUAGUGGCGGUAAGCAAGCGCCAAGUUAAUACAAGAUAUACAACAACAACUACUACGAAAGACACGCGUAAAAACCAUGAAUUACAUGAAAUAUGUAUAUGUAAAUGCUAAGGCGAGGCGGCAGCAGUAAGUGUUGCUUUCUGUUGUCUGUUGUAAACAACAACAGCAAAUGUACAUUCACCACACACAACUCGUGAGCCACAACCAGCCAAGAGACCAGCAAAAAGCCAAAACAAAAUCAAAGAGUUACACAAGCGAUAAGGCAGCGCCAGCAACACCAGCAACAACAGCGAAAGAGCAUGAGUUAAACCAGCUGCAACAACCACAACAAACGACUCAAUAGCAGCGGCGGCGCAGGCAGCAACAAUCUCGAGCGCCAUUGAGGCCACCAAUUCAUACAUAUGCAUAUACAUAGCGCACACACACACAGGAGUCAGCCAGUAAGUCUUCGAGCGAGUUGGCGUGCGGGCGCGUGCAAAUGUCGCGGCGCAACUUGAAUUCGUCAGACGUCAGUCGUCAGUCGAUCGUAGUGGGAUAGUGAAUCUUUUUCAGGGUUUACGCACAAAGACACACAACAACAACAAAUACAUACAAAUAAAAGAAGUGCGCCGAUAUUAAAAACGACUGCAGAACAGUCAGAGCGCCAUAGUGAGAGUGUGAGUGACAGUGACAGCUUUGUCACCAACUUUGCAAAAGUCUUGAUGUACAACAACAACCAAAAUAAUGGUGAAGUGACACUAAAAGAGCACAAUAAAAAUAUAAUAACAAGUAACAAGGCUCCAGCAGGGUCCUGCUGCGGCUAGGCUCGCAAGAGAUUCCAAUAAAGAAUGCGCAAAACGCACAAAGACAAGAAAAAUAAUUAAAAAUAUCACAAAUUUCCUAAAUAAAACAAGUGAAGUGCUACAAACUGUUGCAACAGCUGCAGCAACAACGAAAACAACAACAAUAUCAACACCGCAACUACGUUCCAUAUCAGUCGCUGAGCGGCGAGCAAACGGUGCGGUCAGCCGCUUUCAACAACAACAACACCAGAGUAGCAAAAACAAUAGCACAUUGACAAUGUCACCACUUGUCAGCAAACUCAGCAAGACUUUCCGCUGGCUGCGCUGGUCCACCAUUUGUGCCAUACUCUUCUACAUGUUCUUCAUUGGGCUGAUACUGCACAGCACCACAUACAAACUGCAGCACACGCUCAAAUCGCGGGCGGGGAGCGCCGAUAGCGGAGCGGCACAACAGGCCGGCGCACAACCACAACAAAUGCUGGAAUACUCAAACAAAUAUCCAAUAGAAGCGGAAGCAGCAAUACAACAACAAAGUAGGCUAACAAAAGAAGCGCUACAGCGAAGCGGACAAAAGAGUAUGGCCGAGAAGGUGGCAGUUUCGGCGGCGUUGCACGAGCAGUCGAGCGUAGCGAAUGGAAAUAAUGUGCUGAAAACACCGCCGGAAGCUGUGUUGGCCACAACAUUUCAACAACAAAAUGCCCAGCAGCGCUUGAGUGGUACAGGCGAUGGGCUGGCGAAGCGCGCGGGCAGUGAGAAGAGUAUAGCGGCGCGUGUUGCUGCCGUUGUGGCUAACGACGCGGCUGGCGGUGUUGUGAGCGUGAGUGGCGCGCGGCAAGGCGGUAAACCUAGCGAACCGGAAACUGUUAUUUUAGCAGCGAGCUCCGUCAACGAGAAACAAAUUCUCGAGAAAGCAUUCAAACGCGCCGAUCGAGAUGGUAACUCUGAGUUGACAAUUCAGGAACUUGGUGUUUACAUAAAUCAGAAGAUCUUGGAUCAUAUUGAGGAGGCGAUACAGAAUAAUCCACAUGAAUUUCAGCGUGUGGACAAAUCUCCCGCCGAUGGCUUAAUCACAUGGGAAGAAUAUCACACUUUCUUUCUCAAAGAGCACGGCAUGACUGAUGCAGACAUUGAUGAGCACAAUGAGAUAAAGCAUACAGCAUUGAAUAGAAAAGCGCGCGAAGAUAUGAUGCGCGACAAGGCACGUUGGUCGGAAGCAGCACGCACCGAUCUCUUUAGUCUCACGAUCGAUGAGUAUCUUUCAUUUCGACAUCCCGAAUCGAGUAUAUCAAAUUUACUGGAAUUAGUUGAUGAUUUACUGCGACAAUUUGAUCAGGAUGGCGAUGAUCAGUUGACGAUUGAUGAGUUCUCCGAAGUAAAUGUGGAUGAUGAUGAGGAUUUACGCAGAAAGUCGCUCAUCUCACAGACGGUUGUGGAGAGAAGGGCGGAAUUCAAGCGAAUUAUUGAUAAGAACAACGAUGGCAGGGCGGACAGGGAGGAGUUAUUGAAUUAUGUAAAUCCGAAGACGCCACGUUAUGCGCUGCAAGAGGCGGCAACACUAUUCAGUUUAUGUGAUGAGAACAAGGAUGGACGUCUGACGUUGAACGAGUUAACUGAGAAUGCGGAGAUUUUCCUCACCUCCAAAAUGAUUGACACGGCAAACAGUUUCCACACGGAAUUCUAAGUGCGCCAGCCAAAGUGAAUUGAUGAAAUGGAGGGUGCCUGGGGAACUGACAAUUGCAACAAGUCCGUGCAAACAGACUGCAGUGUAUAUAAUGAAUGUGGAAAAAUUAGAUUUAAUUGAAAUCUGCACAAUUAUUUGACUGCUCGGAAAUUUAGUUUUCAGUUAUUUCAAAUACUUGGUCAGUUAAUUAGACUACAUUUUAAUAAAUUUAUCUUAGCCACACUUUGUCAAAGAAAUACAUCUUUUUUCUCACAUUUUUCAAAAUGAAAAUAUUUGUUUUACCUCUAUUUACAAUUAACAAAUGUUGAUCAAAAUUUUCUCGAUCGUCAAACUGCUUAUUGAACUUAACCGACUUAUCGAUAAAUGGCACAAAUAAAAAACAAAUAAUACAGAUUGAAAUUAAAUUGUCAAGAAGUCAAUUCGUAGAAAUAAAACAU